AUGGCUAAAACAAAGAAGGUUGCUACGGAUUUCGAAAAGAUCAUCAACGAGGGGCGCGAGCGAAAGAAGAACGAAGCUCUUGCCGAUCGCAUCUUCUCCAAGAACCGCCGCCAGAGCGCGCCAUCCAAGCUUGGUUUUAAAUCUACUUCAAGCCCCUCGCUCGCAAGUCGCGUCGGCGUCAGGAAGGUACAGCAGCGCGCCGAUGGCCGAGGCGCACGCUCGAACGCUCCCGGUAACGUGAACGGCGAAUGGACUCAUGACCUACACCACUCUAUCUCAGGCGACCUGAGCGCCCGCAUCUCUGCCCCCAAUGGCCCCAACAAGAGAGCCAACAACCGCCGAACAGCUCGCCUAUCUGCCGCUGUUGAUCGCAUGGACACUUCAGCCGAUGCGCCUCAGCAAGUCAACAUAGUAAAGCCGAAGGUGAACGGCGCCAAUAACAAUUCCAUGGGUAUCACCAUCCGGGGUCUUGCUGGGCCAUUCACCGUCAUGGCACAAAACUUCGCUCCUGGCACCACGCCUGCCGAUAUCGAGAGCGCCAUGACUCCCAUCGGAGGCGAGAUUGUGAGCUGUCGCAUAGUCAAAUCGAAGCCUAUCCUCAUCUUCGAGUUGGCUUUUGCUUCUCGCGAAGGUGGCGAACGAGUCAUUGAAACCUUUAAUGACAAGACUGCUGACGGCAGAAUUAUCAAAGUGUACCCCAAGCUCGGUGCGCCAACAAAUAUCACGUCUCCCAACCCUCCCAGGGAUGCCCCUAGCGGCCCUCGUGGCAAUCGCGCAAACAGACUCACCAAGGACAACAUUGUCGACGGUUCAAUGGGGUUUCCUGACUUGAUGCAGACCGCUGCUACAAAUGACUCGUCAAGGAACAACCAGCUGUACAGCGACAACCUUGCUGACGGCAACCGAAGAGGCCGCGGUGGCCCAAGGGGUCGCGGCGGACGAUAGGUCCAUCUCCAUUCAAUCGAUCCAUGUUUUCAAAGGCGGCUCAGGGGGUCGGAGAAAACUUGGAUUCCACCAGAUUUCCCUCCAGGAGAAAGAAACGAUGAAACCAGCUUACACCAAUUCCCACUGAUUCGCCAUCAGACUGAAUUUUAUGUUUUCUUUCCCCUAGGCUGCUAGAGGAUUUAUUGGGGCGCAAAGAAUAAAGCCCCUCAUGUCAAGUCUAGAUGGCAUCACCCGGCCUGCUAAUAUCGUCUCUUAUGCUCUUAAGCUCUUAGCAGCCGAGUGUUUUAACAGGGGCGCAAGUCUGGUUUUCGGGUCUGGUUUUCGGGUUUGGAGUUUGGAGUUAAUAGUUGGUCCUUUAUACGAUAGUGCCCACAAGCACAAGCAUCCA